AUGCCGACCGCUCUGCAUCCCCAGGCGAAGUUCGAUCCGAUCUCGCCGGAUCUGGAUCUUCAUAGCCUUGUCGACAAGACGCCUAACUUUGAAUGGGUACUUCGGAUCUCGACGGCACAGAUCCAAGGCCUUGGUCCCCAAGAGUUCGAGAAGUUGGUGCAACUUCAGGUCAUACAGGGUGGAAAACCUUUGGUCAUUGAAAAAUGGAACGAUGUUCUCCCGAAAUGGCUUUUUGGCGGCGAAUGGCUUGAGAAGACCUACGACAAGAAACGUCAGUCUACACGCCUCCAUACGACAUCGAGUGCUAACGUGUUUGCAGAGGAAAAUGUCCGUGAUAUUGGCAGCCAAAGCGAGAUUCCGAUGACCAUGGGGCACUAUCUGAGAGCGAUGAAGCAGCUCACGAAUCAGUGGACGCCGAACAAUUUCCGCGACGAGCGACGCCAGCGGCUUUACCUCAAAGAUAUCGACUGCCCACCUGAGUGGCACGAGCACCUUCAAAAGGUGAUUCCCCCGAACCUAUUUUACAUGAACGAAAACAUCACAGAGAAGGGAGGGUCGGAUAAUCGGGUCAGCGAUGUCUUCCGUGGCUUGGGCGAGAAGACGAUCGCUUCUGCCGGAGAUCUCAUGUCAAGCCUGCCGGAAGAAAUGCGGGCUCAGAACCUUAUGUGCUACAUCGGCCACGAGGGAACAUACACCCCCGCGCAUCGCGAGAUGUGCGCAAGUUUGGGACAGAACAUCAUGGUGGAGGCGUCAGGAAGUGAAAACGGAGAGAAGCCAGGCAGCUCCAUUUGGUUCAUGACGGAAACCAAGGAUCGAGAAGUUGUCCGCGAAUACUUUCUCUCCAUGCUGGGACACGACAUUGAGAUUGAGAAGCACUUCGCACAGAUCAACGCCUGGAAGAAGGCGACCUUCCCAGUCUACAUUGUUGAGCAGAAGCCUGGUGACUUCAUCCUUAUCCCACCUCUGGCACCUCAUCAAGUCUGGAACAGAGGUACACGUACCAUGAAAGUCGCCUGGAACCGGACGACAGUUGAGACGCUGGAUAUGGCACUCCACGAAGCUCUUCCCAAGGCUCGUCUAGUCUGCCGUGAUGAGCAGUACAAGAACAAGGCGAUAAUCUACUACACCCUAAAAAAGUAUUACGCGCAGAUGUUGCAGGCGGAAGAUAACAGCGAGAUGGGUAUCUUUGGACUAGGCUCUGAACUCUUCCGCUCAUCUUCACGGUUCAAGCAGCUCGCCAAGGAUUUCCGACAUCUGUUCUCCCUUUUCACCGAGAUUCUUGUCGACGAGAUGUUUGCAACCAAGGAAAACAACAUCGAGUUCGUCGAGUAUAAUUCAUGCGUCACCUGCUCAUAUUGCAGAUCAAAUAUUUUCAACAGAUUUUUGACAUGCAAGCAUUGCGUGCGAACUCUUGUUAAUGGCGAUGAGGAUGCAUACGAUGUUUGCAUGGAAUGCUACGCCAUGGGACGAUCUUGCCUCUGCGUCUCCAAGCUGCAGUGGUGUGAGCAGUGGAAAUGGUCAGAGCUCACUGAGAACUAUGAGCUCUGGCGCUCAAUGGUCAUCAAAAAUGAUGGCUUCGUUGACAUGGAGCUGUCUCCGCAACCUCUCGAGAUCGCCCGUAGCCGACGUGGCAAGAAAGCGCUCGCCCAGAUUUGCCAGGAGGGCUUGCGCCGACGACCAUUCAAGGACAUUUCCAAGAUCGAGGAGGAGAAGCGCCUGUCCGAGUCCGAAGAUGAGCCGGAUCUCGAUGACAAUGGAAAGCCGAAGAAGAAGAAGUAUAAGCGAAAGAAGAAGCAGGGAGAUCUUCGCCGUUGCCACGUCUGUUGUCACAAGGAUUAUGCCUACAAGGUCCAGAUGUGCUCCAAUCCAGAGUGCAAGGAAGGAUUCUGUUACGGAGUUCUCUACCGCGCCUUCGACAUGAUGCCCCAAACGGUGCAAGAGAACGAGAAUUGGCUCUGCCCAAGAUGCUUGGGCAUUUGCAACUGCGGCGCGUGCCGUCGUGCCGGGACAACCAAGCCGUACACGCCAAAGAACACUCUCCUCGGCCAUGACACACGACCAAUCGCUGACGACCGAAGCGUUGAAGCGCUUGUCGAUUUCCGCGUGCAUAACUUGAACUGGCUGAAGGCGUCAGGCGAAGAGGGCCGAAGUACGAACAGCAAGCGCAUGAAGCAAUUACGAGAACAAGCCGACACUGCCAAAGCCCAGGAGCCGGCAGCUGUUGCAGCCGAGGAUAUUGCGAACGGCGCCAAUUCGGCAUCGAACGGUGCGAAUGGUUAUGGAGAUCAGAGCCAUAUCCUCGACGGACACGAUACGCAGCAACUUAAUGGCGAAAAUGGCUUUAACGGCGAUGUCGACAUGUCUCAGCAACAUGAACAGCCCGUACCGUUCGCCGACAUGGGCAUGAAUGGCAACUGGGACCAGUCGGCUUACCCAGACCCCAUGGGAAUGGGCGGUCAACGCAUGCUUGGAAUGGGUUAUUACGAGCCAUCCGGGCCUGAUCAGAUUUUGUUUGAUCCGUUUCAAAUGCCUUCAGCCGACGCUAUGGUCUUCGAUGAGGAGGCUGAAUUCCUCAAGAAGACCCUUAAAGCUGCCAAGAGGAAAGCGAAGCACGAGAACGAUCUUGAUCCGGACUUCAAUGCGCCACGCAGUCACCACAGAAAGAAGCCGAAGAAGGACAACGUAACAGACGAGUCUGCCAUGGAUCCUGCGUUGUUCGGAUCCGCCGUUCCUGACGCCGCUCCCGCAGCCGCCAGCGGUGAGUCCGGCGAGGCAGGUGAAGGCGGCUUGACCGUCGACGACGAUCCGUCGGCUCAGCUGGAGAGAGAGGCGCAACAGGACGUAGAGGGCCCACAGCGCUGGAGGGGUGGAUGGGCCACGCCUUGGCCUCCGUCCUUCCCUGCGAACGUUCCAGAACUACGACAUGCAAGACCUAAGGUGUCUUACGCCGAAGUUGAGGAGCCCGUUAUUGACGACCCGGAGGACAUGGUCCCUGCUUACAAAGCCAAGCCUCUGGUCGAAAAUGAUGAGCAGCAACCUGGCGACAGUAGCACUGAUCCUCUGGAUCUUGCGUCCGAUGCCAUUCGCGCCCUCAUCCAGAAGGGAACCGAUGCUGCUGCCGCGGCUGCUACCGAAACGCCGAAGGUCCCUAAGAGACGUGGGAGGCCGCCAAGGGAUGCAAGCUCAACUCCGGCCUCGGCCACCAGAGCGGCUGCUGUACCGAAGCAAUCUGCGUCAGACGUUGCAGCCAAGAGACGAGAGGAGCGCGCAUCUCGAAGAUCAAGGCUUAGUGGUGUCGUCACCAUUGAUGGAGCUAGCUCAUUCAACCCCCGAAACAGCAUUUACGCCGAGGACGAUGAUGAUGAGCCUGGAGGGCACAAUGUCACCGAAGCUGAACUGGAGGCCGAGUUGGAGCGUGAGUUGGCUGGCGAGGACACUCAGCAAUCUGUCACGAAAUCCAUCGAAGGUGCGAGCGCGCAGCCAGUCAAGAAACGGCGUGGCCGGCCACCCAAGAACAAGACCACUGCCCCGGUUGCCGUGGAGGAUAACGGCGAUAAGUCUCCUCCACCCCCUCCGGCUGGCGCAAGUCAGAUGAUGUCCAUGGCGGCCCGCGUCAGAGCUCGCGGCAAGAAGUUUAGGAUCACCUCUCGCAGAGAUAGCGCCAAGGGUACACCAUCCGCUACACCGGCCCCGUCAGAGAGACCAGCUGUGCGCAUGUUCCAUCCGAGGGUCCGUCUGAGCCUCAAGAAGUCGCUGUGCCAGCCAGAGAAAUAUCAAAGGAGCCGACUCCAGACAUGA